AAAUUAUUUUUUGGAAAGAAUAGAGCAUGUUCUUAUCCUUAUAUUUGAUGGACAAAGUUUCUGUAAAAAUUAUGAAAUAGUAACUUGUUGAUUGUGGUUUUAUUUGUUUUUUUUUAUCUUCCAUCUUAUCAUAAUUUGCUUUAGAAAUUCUAGGCCCUCGCUCAACAUACAUUUAAUUAGUAUUAUAUCGUAAUUUAGAUUUAGAGUCAAUUAUCAAAAUACAUUAACAAAUCACCAGUAGGAUGGUGUUCUAAAUAUUUUGCAAGAACAAUUGGAAGAGUUCUUAACAUAUCUAGACUAACUAAGUACUAUCAUAAAUCAAAUUAAUGAGUAACUUUUUCUGGUAAUUAAUUAAUGAGUGACUUGAAACAUUAGAAACUAGCCAACUACCCUUACAUGAAUUAAAUAAUGAAUCUAGCCUAAAUGAAGAAAUCAUUAACAAUAAUAUCAUGAGUCAUUAUAGGGAUUUCAUCAAUGAAAAGUAUGAUAAGCAUUGACAACAACCCUAUAUAUAUUUAUUGACAACAACCCUAGAUGUGCUAUCGAUGAUGACAUAACUAGGGUAAUGUUUCUACUUAUGAUGAAAGGACAUAUUCUAAAGCUAAUUUCUCUAAUUGGAUAAUUUAUGGAUAAUUUCUUUAAUUUAUUGGUAAAUGAUGUUAAGAGAGGGACAAGCAUAAUUUAAAAAACUAAAACUUAUUUGUCAAGCAAAGAUUUGUUGGGUAGGUGAAUACUUAUAAAGGGCAUGCUUGUGGUUAGAAUCUAUAGUGACAUAAGAUGAAAUGGAAAUAUUAUUAAAAAAAUAUUUACCUAUUUUUUAUUAGGAUCGGCCACUUACUCAAUGAGUUUAAAUCACUUAAACAAGGAAUUAAUACUUGAGUCUAGUUUCAUGAAUAAAUUCAAGGAUUCUUACUCUUUCUUUGUAUUCAAUGCUAAUUGUAUGCAAUUAUGACACUAUAUUGUCAACAUGAUUCACAGUAGUAAGCCCAACAACAACCCUUUAAAUUUUUUAUUUGCUCUCAUGCAUCCCUCUGACCCCUCUUAUGUUCAAAGCCCCACCAACGCUAGUCAGUCCAUUCUUAAAAUGGGUUUAAUCACUUAUUUGCCUCAACUGAUUUCUUUUUUCUAAUUUCAAAAUCGUUCUCAAUACUCAUAAUCAUCCAACUUGAAGGUGACAAAUCCUGAAACCAUUCAAGGCCAACGUAUUUGAUGGCUAUCUUGACGAUUCUAGUACCAAACUAGCUAAACAAAUUAUCAAUGAUAAUGGAAGCAUCUCUCCUAACCCCCUUCACAGAUAUAUGCUCUGUGACCAAAUAUUGUUAAAGCUUUCAAUUUGACAAUAUCAUUUUAUUACUCUAUGUUCUUCUAUAAUCUUGAUUUGAAAUAUAGACUACUAUAGAAAGACUGGUUCCAUCCAGCAACUGUUCUUGCAUUCUUCAUCUCAAAAAUGAGUUUUAUCACAUUCAAAUAAGAAUUGCACUAUGACCCAAUGUAUCUCAAAUAUCAAAGCAAAGAUUGCAAUAGUAAUUGUUAGUCUAGCACUCAACACAGAAGAUGUAUGUCAUCCUUUACACUCUCAAUGGUCUUCCUACCACUUAUCAGACAUUUAAGAUUGUCAUUCGCACUAAUUUACAGCCAUUGAAUCUUGAUGAUCGUUACUCGCUUAUUUGCAAUGAAUAGUUGAAUAUUGCUUUUGAAACUACUAGACAUUUAGCUAUUACAGCCACAUUUGAUACCCAACUUGUUUUGAAUGUUGUUCAUAGAAGGGGUAGAUGGGGUCUCUUUCCUUGCCAACACUAGUAGAGGAUGUCAUCCCUUUAAUAAUCAUUGAGCAGGCUGAACUUCACAGACAUCAACUCGCGUGAUUGUGUUAUCAUCAUUUGUCAAAUAUGCUGAAAAUUUGGGCAUACUGCUUUUGAAUGUUCGCUUCGUGCAAUUAUAUCAUAUUAUCAUGUCAACCAGGCCAAUACUCUAGCUCCAUUCACAAAUACUUUUUAUUCUAAAUCCAACUGUUAUUUGGGCUCCGAAACUUCAUCUGAUUUACUCAUUGAUUCAUCACAAAUUUAGUUUCCUUAGGCUACAAAAGUCCUCAACAUGUGGCCAUUGGUAAUAGUCAAACUUCUCCGAUUACUCAAAUUAGGCAAGGUAUUCUUCCCACACCAACCUUAAGUUCCUAUUAUCUCAACUCUUUUACGUUCCCAAUUUUUCUCAUAACUUCUUUGUAAAAAAACUCACUACCGAUUACUCGAGAAAUAAUUUUUUUAUGCUUUGAAUUUUACCAUAAAAGAUCGGAAGUGCCACCAAACUCACCUCCAUGAUCCCAACCAUCAUGAACUCUAUCCAAUUAACGAUGCCUUCACAUCUCCAAAUCCAUCGCAUCCAACUAGUCUUCUUACACAAAUUCAAUCCCCAACCUUUAAAAUCAUAGGUAGAGUCACCCUUCAUCCUCCACACAAUCUCUGCUGGCCAAAAAUCAUUCCGCUAUUUGCUCCUCUUAUAAGUUGUAGUAUUAUUCUUCUUGUGCUCAAGCUAAAAGUCAUUGGAUACUAUUUACAUAUUCUUGCACUCAAAGUUCUUCUUCUUAAGGAAUUAUUCACUCUGAUGUCUCCUGAAUUAUAUAAAAUACAAAAUACAAGUACUAUGCAUUUUUGUUAUUAUUAUUUUUUUUUUCUAGGUUAUCCAAUGUGCAUAAAAUCGAAAACCACCUUUAAAUUUUUCCAAUUUAAACAUCUUGCUACACAACAACUUAAUGCUAAACCCAUUUUUUCAAUAAUAAUACUAAACCCUAAAUAAUUGGAUUAGAUGGUGGUGUUGAGUAUACCAACCACACAUCCCUACAACUUCUUGCAAAUGUUGUCAUCCAUCAAAAUAGUUUCUCAUACACUUCGGAAUAAAAUGGUCUCUCUUAAUGCAAACACUAUCACAUUAUAGAAACUAUUCACACUUAAUGUUUGAUGCUAAUCUACCACACAUUAUUUGGGUAGAAGCAUUGCUCACGACAAUUUACCUCAUUAACUAGUUGCCUUCUCCCACCACUCAGAAUUUAUCUCCAUAUCAACUGUUCUACAAACAAUUACGAUGAUGCACCCUCCUCAAAAAAUUUGGGUUAUCUAUGCUAUCCAUAAUUACAUCCCUAACCAACAAAUAAAUUUGUUCUCAAAUCUGCUCCCUAAAGGUUGCAAAUGCCUAAAUCUAUCGGCACGCAAAAUUCUUACCUUAUUAAGCAUGUUUUCUUUCAAGAGAAUAGAUUUCCCUAUCAUCAUAACAAAUUUGCUCAACCAAAUAAUACUCCUAUAAUUUUUGCUCCACCCCUAAUACUUGCACCAGCUUCCAUUUCAAUUGUGUUACCCAAAAUUAAAUUUUUCCCCAAUUGCACCUUUGAACUUGCUCAUAGAUAUCUUUUGAACUCCGAAUUGCUUCAAUUAUAUAUUAGAAAAAUUAUGCAUAUGCUAUCUAAACUUAGAUAUUUAUAAAAGUAAUAUCUAAUUCAAAAAUAUAAAUAAUUGUGCUUGAAUGUCUCAUGAAAAAUAUAAAUUAAAAUUUGAUGUGAAUUGUUUUGAUGCUUUUGUUUAUUUUGUUUUUAUUGUUCGACUCAAUAUAAAGAUUCUGAAGUGAAUCAAAAUUAUUUGGUAGUUCAUUUUCCUUACAAAUUUGUUGCAGUGUAAUUCAAUCUUAUAAGGGAGAGUGGAUAGUUUUAACUAGCUACUUUUGAGAGAGGAAGAGAGGGGGAAUCUCAAAUUUUCAUUAUCUUAAAUAAUAAGGCCUUAAUUUAUAAUUGUUAAACUUUGAAGUAUAAAUUGGAGGCUAUUAUAAAGCUUUUAAUGGAUGCUACAAUAGAAUUUUAAAUGGAGACUAUCAUAAAGCCUACAAUGGAGGUUAUCAUAAAAAUUUACAAUAGAGGCUACAAAAGUCUUUAAUAGUAGUUGUUUCUUAAUAAUAAAAAGUAAACUUUUCAUUAAAUAAGCCCAUAUGAACUUUGCUAGGAAAAUAUUACACAACUACAAGCAAAUAAAGAGAAUGGGAGAAGAUAAAGGAAGAACUUCUCAUAGUACAAAAGAGAAAUAGAAGUAUCAUCAACAAUUUACUCUCAUGUUCAGCCCUCAUCAAUUUCAGUCAAGAACAUCGAUAAAGUACUAUUAUUUUCUUUAUUCAUAUGCAAUCUAAUAUAUAUCAAUUUAUCUCUUUUGAAGGUUAGUGAAUAUUUGAUUUUUAUGUGAUCAAAGAUGUAGGUGAAUCUAAUCGAGCUUCAAAUUUUAAAGUAUUUUCCUUGAGAUCUUUGGUGUGGUUAGUCUCUCAUUCUCAUUUUGUAUUUUCUUGAAAUUCUAUCAUUUGUAUUAGAUAUCUGAUUUAAGAAACUUUCAAAUUCGAGCAUGGAAGAUGAGAAUCUCAAAAUUUAUGUUCAAUGGCCAAAACUUCGAGUUCUAGAAGAUACAUAUAGAAGACUAUCUGAAGGAAUGGAAUAAAUCACUAUUAGUCAAUCAGAAAGAGUGGAAGUUAAUGGAUAAACAAGUUCUAGACUUCAUUCAUUAAUCCGUUAGUAUGAAUGUCUCCUUCAACAUCCUUAACGAGUUGAAAAUAAUAGGUGUUACAAAUGUGCUCUCUAAUAUGUAUUAAAAAAAACCCUUCAUAGUAAAUAUAAUAUACAUAAUGCGCAAGUUGUUCAAUCUCAAGAUGUCAAAAGUAGCUUCAAUGACUAAUCACAUCAAAGAGUUCUUUAUUCACUAGCUAAUUGAACUCUAUCAAUAUCCAAUUUGAUGAUGAGAUUCAUACUUUGGACUUACUCUCAACAUUGCCCAAGAGCUAAAUAUUAUGGGUAUUUGAGAUGUUACAAUCAAGACAACAAUUGAGAACACUUAAGCUAAAUUAAGAGUAGGUAUAUCCCUGGAUUAAGAAGAAACCUUAUCUUUAUUGAGCAAUUAGCUACAUAAAGAUGUCAUUGCAGCUUUUAAUGAUGACACUUGAAUUCAAAUAAUAAAAGAUGUCUUGGUGAUUUCUCAAUGUAAUAGGCAAUAUUUAUAUUACUACCAAUACUUAGGUUUCAUUUGGGACGAUUUUCUUAUGCUUUUAUUUGAACUAGAAAUUUUUUAUAAGAAAGUUGUUUUAAAAAGCAAUAAAAAUUUUGUCAAAAAUGAUGCCUUAAACGUUUACAAUAGCCAUUAAUGCAAAGGCGGAUUUAAACACAUUGCAUCAAAUGUUAAAUGUGUGAGAAGUUGUGGUGACACAUCACAUAUGAUAUAUGAUAUAGAUUAACUACACAUAGGCCCCGAUGUUUCUCUCCCAAUCUCUGGGGUGUGCUAGGGCUUCGCCCUAGCUGCCCCCUUGCGGCCUCUUCUCCGCCUCCCGUGUUAGGCGCUUCUCCUCGUGUGCCUCAGGGAAGUUACUUAUCCUUGUUUUUCUGCUGUUUUCACCUUCGUUUGCGUCCUUUUGGUUUGAUGGCGCCUCCCAAUUUUGUGGAUCCUGGUUUUUUGGUUGGAUUCUCUUCUCUUUCGUUUAAGGAUGCUCUUUCUAGUGUGUCGGCUUCUUCCAUUGCCUUUCCCGAACUUAAGGUAUCUUCAUAUAGGGGUAUGUCUGCUUUGUGGAUUUUGGAGGCAGAAAUCCAGUCUCUUGUCGCUCCUUUUGAAUUUGCUCUGGUUGGAAAAUUUUCUGGCUGAAUGCCAUCUCUUGAUGCUAUUAGGAAUUUCUUUUUCAAUCUCAAGCUCAAUGGCGAUGUUUCUGUCACUAUUCUUAACCAACAGAACGUGUUGAUUAAGCUCUUUAACGAUUUGGAUUACUGUAGGGUCUUUACUUAUAGGUCUUAUUUUUGUGAGUAAUUGUUAUAUGAAAUUGAUAAAAUGGUCUCCUACUUUGAAUAUUGAGAUUGAAUCGCCAGUUAUACCCAUCUGAAUUUCUUUCCCUAAUCUUCGGCCUCAUUUGUUUGCCCCGCUUCAUAAUCUGUUGGGCUCUGAGUAAAUGCCUCUUGAGCUCUUCCAACACCUGAUCUCUUUCCUUCAAAUGCUGAUCCACUGCCGAUACAGGAGUACUUUUAUGGCUAUAGUGUACCAGAUGUGGGGGGUCCCUACCAUAUAACACCUUAAAAGGUUCUGUCUUUGGUAAACCCUUAAAAAUUGAUAAAUGCGACCUCCACUGGUUCACGUCCGUAUGUUGCUUGCAUUUUGGUUGAACUGGAUGUGACCAAUCAUUACCUUGAUAAAAUUUGGAUUGGCCCGGAUAACAUUGGUUAUGUUCAAUCUGUGGUUUUGGAAGAUUUUCCUGAGUAUUGUGCGCAAUGUUUCUCUUUGGGGCAUUUGAAGGCUGGUUGUAGGAUUCUACACCCUCAUCUUGACUCCUCUUCCUUGCCUCCAUCUUCUCUUGUUGUUAAUAAUACGAUGGAGGAGGGUGGAGUUGUUGCUUCUAUGCUCCCUGGCCCUGUGGUGGUUCCGUCUGUCCUUGUGGCUCCGGAUGGUAUUGUUGAUGUUGAUUCUGCUGUACACGGUUUACCUGCACCUUCUAAUUGUCAUGUUUCUCCUGUUACUGUUUCUUCUGUUUUGCCUUCUUUAGGAGGGUCUCCUGUUGGUUUGGUUGAAUUGGUUACUGUGUUGGAUUCCUCUAUUAAUGUCGGGUUGGUUCGAUCUUCUCCUGUUCUUUCACCUGCUGCCUAUUCCCCUACUGCCUAUGCCCCUGUUGAUUGUCCUGAAGUUGAUGGUGAAUUGGUGGUGUAUGGUGGAGUGGAUGGGGUUGUUUCCCCUAAUGUGGCUCCUGCCACUGUUGUUGUGUUUGAUAUUAAUUAUUGUGUGAAUAUUAAUGAUAGUCCUAGUUACGUGGAUGAUGGGGUUUUGGCUAUUGGAAAGUCUGCCUAUUCAGUUGAUAAUGGUGAAGAAACUUUGGCUAUUGUUGGAGAGGAUAACAUGUCGGUUUCUAGUGGGGAGGAUGACACCAUUCUCGAAACGGGCUCGCUCGAUAAGUUUGUUUCGCAACGUAAACGAAAAUCCGAGAAGAAAUGAUUUCCUUCUUGUGUUGGGUUUUUUCUGUUCUUCGUUACUUUGGUUGCUUUGUUGGUUCGAUUCGGAAUGAACGAUGAGGAAGCCGUUCUGCUGCAUGCGCCGUGGAUGGCCAGAGUUGGUUGGCAACUUGGGUGGCUCGUUUUGAUGAUUUGGCUGAUUCUCGUUUUGGAUUUUGUUUUCCUCCACGGAUGGUCCCACCCUGAUAACUCGAUGUCGAUCUGAGUCCGAUAGUCUCUGAUGUUCCCCUUCCUAUUUUCAAUUUGUUUUGCUACUGCUUCUCUUUGAUUGUAAUUUUACUGAUGUGACCUAGUGAUGGUUUUUUAUUGUAUCAUUUUCAUUUAAUGGAAUAUUUUUUUUGUUAA